UAAUUAGCUAAUAUAACUUAAUGCCUUGUUAGGGAUGUCAGGAGGAGUGACUGCAGGAGUUAACAUGUCAGAUAAACACAACCCAGCUCGAGCAGUCCCUGUUAGGGUCAAGAAGAAGACUCUUAAGAAGCUGAGUAACGCAGAGAGACUGGAAAUGGAGAACGCGAAGAUGGAGGAGAGACUGAGAACUCUGAGGAAAACAAUAGAGAAGGAGAAGGAGGAGAGGAGUAACUGUACUAGCCUGUGGAAAUCAGGACAGACGGGAGCUAUAACUAAUUUCGCAAAGGAGCACAGCAGUAAGAACAAGAGUGCUGGUAUUAAACUCGGUGAUAAGAAGAUUAAAGUUAAAUUUCUUACUCCUGUGGUAGAGAAAGGAGAAUCCCGAGAAAAACAACGUAAAGCAGCCCCACGUGUCUCCACACCCCACAACUCUAGCACCACAGCUGGUUCCUCUUGGGCAGAACCACAAACAUCCCACCAAGGUCCCGCUGAAUCUCAGCGCUCUGAAGCACUGCGCCCUGAAGCGCUGCAUGCAGAUGCGCCGCGUGCAGAUGCGCCUCACACAGAAACACACAGUUUUGAGAUGCAGAGAAUGCCCCGUGAGAGCAUGGCGUGGAGUGAGGUGGGGGAGAUGGAGGGGUUGCAGAGACAGGCUAGCAUUGUGGGACCGGUGUGUGGUCAGUGUGAGCUGAACGGCGCUCAGAUGAAUUGCAUGGAAUGUGGCGAGAAAUACUGCACAGAAUGUUUUGCAAUGUUCCACAAAAAAGGAGCCCUAAAAUCACAUACCUCCCGACCUCUGACCCGACAAGCCAACUUGGCUUUAAACAGUGGUCCUGCAAGACAAGUCAAAAUUGAAGAGCCGAUACAAGAAAAUUCUCUCUGGGGAGAUUAUGAUGAAGAUGCAUCAGCUGCAGGAUUCAUGGACGCAGUCAAAGCAUGGCGGGGCGAAGAAGUAACAACAAAUAGUACUGGCAACCAACAAACCGGUGUUGCUGGGAAGACUACGGACGGUUCACAAACAGCCAAGGGCGCUAUCCCUGAUAUAAACUUCUCAGAAAACGAGAACGUGUCAUACUUUGAGCGGAUGCUGUUGAAGAAACAGAAAGAGACAGUAGAAGAUGACAUUAUUGACAGUGAAGCUAAAAGUGAAUACAGUGCAGGAGAGAUAACCGUGUCACAACUCGACUUUUGUAGAGAUCUGUUGGCUCACAACAUCGAAGAAGAUCGCAAAUCUAGGAUGGAGGCUGAACGACCAGAGAGUGUUAUUGAAAUUGUGGAAGUUAAUUCCAACAUUGGGUAUUUAGAAGAGAUAGCAAGUUGUGUAGUUGAAGAGUCGCCAGUUUGCUCUGACGAUGAGGAUGAUGUUAGAGGUCAAAUGGAGAUGGGAAGAGCACUUCUGUCCACGGUGAAGAUUGAGGAGUAUUCUCCGCGGGGCACUGAUAACCCAACUACUGCUGGAAUCUUUCAACAUAACGGUUUCAUGCUGAUAGAACCUGUAGACGACCCCAUCCCAGAAACGGCCUCACCCUUCAACCCGGACCUUGCCGAACAGCUAAUCCGUGAAAGUGUGACAUCCAUCCGUGGCAACGCGCCAACAAUCACAACACCACGUGCGCGCAGCAUAACUCCACGUGCAACUACUCCCUCACGUUCCCACCCCGGACCUCAGGACCGGAUAGUAUCUGGAGAGACCAGGAUAUCAUCUCCAAACAUGAUGUCAUCUUCAGGCCGGGUAACGUCUCCAGGAAGGAUCUCAUCGCCUCAGCUGCAGGAGAGACCAUACACUCCCCCUAAAGUUGAUAGAUCUCACGAUCAGCCCCUGUCUGUUAGAAGUUCAUUUAACCGAUCUGGAAGGAACUACACCGAAUCUACCCGCUCACCCCUCAUCCGGCGCAUGCCUACCAAUCCUGAGAUUACUCGUGCCUCUUUGAGCGGUGCCCAAGAGAACGAGCUCAAACGACCUCUAACUGCAGACGUUAAGAUCUUGUCCUCCCAGGCUUGGAGACAGUCUUUCUUGGGUUUUGUCAAGUCCGGUUUGCCAGGCUACACUCUACCCUCCACUCCUCCGCCUGAGGAGCUGAAACGAAAGGAGAAGAAGGAGAAAAAGGAGGAGGUAAUGUUACGUGGCCCUCCCUCCUGGUGUCCUGGGGAGAGUUGUGUCGGCAAUGAAAUAUUCCAAUCUCGAGAAAACUCAGUCACAUUCCCCCUCGCUGAAGAGGCGGGAAUCAAAAGAGAAAACACCAACAGCCGCCGCCAGCUACCACCACCAAAUACGGCAGGGAAAUUUGAGAGAAGAAGUGUGGAGGCAGAGAGGAGGAGUAAUGUGAUUCAGUGUGAUGAUCUUAAUACUCCAACUAAUCUGGAGUAUGAAUCUGAGGACGUGCUGGCAGCACUGGGAAAGGAACUAGACGUAUCAAAGUCACGUGACCUCGGAGACUACCUUAACACGCUACGUCACGGUACACCUGACGCUGUUACCCUUCUCACUCACCAGGACCGAAUGUCACAGCUGGAUAUGGAGAGUAGAGGAAUGACCCCAACCGCCACCCCACUGAUAACACCACGAAUAACCACCCGGGAGAGCCUUUUCCUCGACUUUGAGGACGUUGAGAAACAGAUAAUGGCGGGUGAAGAUGUUGAGAACAUUCAGUAAGCGUGAAGAAGUUGUAUAGUUGGUUAUCUGAGGAUUAAUUUAUUAAUUUAAUUAUUAAUUUAAUGAUGAAGUUUCUUGGAAAGAGUGUUGAUAGUAUGUUUGUUGUUUGACUUCCUGAAGGACACGAUUGUUGGAUAAAAAUUCUGUAUACUGUAAACGUACGUUUUGAAGUAGUUUUAGGGCUUUUUUUUGUUGUUAUUUAGAAGUGUAAUUUGUAAUUGAAGCAAACUUUGUAAAU